CACAGUAUCAAAAAAUCCAGUAAACUUUUUAGAAAAAAAAAAAAAAAGGGGAAAGUAUCAAAAAUGAAAUUGUUUAUCUUUGCUUUCUUGAGUAUGAUUGCUGUGGCAUUGUGCGUGCACACCGUCGGUGACGUUGGAGGUCAGGUACAUCAAGGUGUACACCCAGGCGGACAUCAAGGUGUGCAUCAAGGUGUACAUCAAGGUGUACAUCAGGGUGUACAUCAAGGUGGUCCAGUAGGCGGUGAGCCUCAUGCUGCCGUCCAUGGUAAACAGGGUAGUUUUGCCCAGCAACAAGCAACUCAUGCCGGUGAUCAUAAUUACUAAAUUGACAUAUGUCUAAUCUUUAUUAGGGACUGUGAUUAUGUCCAAAGAACUGAUAUUCAAUAAUGUAUAAAAGUAUAAAUAAAAAUUAAUACAAAAUUUUCAAACUA